UACACGCGUGUUAGUGUGUACGUACCUUAUCGGCUUGGUUUCUAAUUUACGGCUCAAUUUAACCCCCUUCCCCCAGCCAAACACCCUCACCCCUUCUCUUUUACGGUUUUACCAGUAACAUCACUCGUAGUUUGACAAAUUGAAUAGUAGUAAUUGUAAACUCAUUUUGAGUAAUUUUAUUUAACUAAUGCUAUAAUUACAUUUAUGCAUUUGUAUUAGCUUACGUAAAUGUUUUUAAAAUAAUUAUCAAGUUUUGCCAAAGUUUUGAAAAAUAAAAGCGUCCUUGACCACCAAAUUUAAAACUAAUCGUCUAUAAAUUCAAACUCGAAAUUAUCCAAUCCAAUCCGAAUUAACCACAUGUCCACAUCAAUAUAAUUUACCAGUACAAUACAUAAGCCAUUAUUGGGUGCUCUUAUUUGCGCGCGAAUAUCUGCAAUUAAGAACACCGGCUAUUAUAAGAAUGAACUGAAGCAAGGUAGUGACAAUGACUCGUCGUCUUUUCUCUGUUCCUCGUACUUUCUCAACUCAAUCCGUACAAUUCCUGGGGCCCACGUCGCCGGAAUCUUAUCUUUUACGGUGCAACAAAAGAAUCCGAGAUCUAAGCAAACUUGGUAAAAUUGAUGAUGCCCGCCAAGUGUUCGACAAAAUGUCUCACAGAGAUUCUGUUAGUUGGGACACUAUGAUUUCUGGGUAUUCCCGAAACAACCGGAUUAUGGAUGCUCAGGUGCUUUUUGACGCAUUUUCUGGAAGAAAUGUGAGAACUUGGACUGCAAUGUUAGCUGGGUAUGCUAAAGUUGGUCGACUUGAGGAGGCUAGGAGAGUGUUUAAUUCUAUGCCGGAGAAGAAUGUCAUUACUUGGAAUGCUUUGAUUACUGGGUAUGUGCAGAAUGGGGAUUUGGUUUAUGCCAAGAAGUUGUUUGAUGACAUGCCUCGGAGAAAUAUUGCUUCUUGGAACACUAUGAUUACUGGGUAUUGUCAUGGUGGUAUGAUGAGGGAAGCAAGGGAGCUUUUCGAGCAAAUGCCGGAGAAGAAUCUGGUUUCUUGGAUGGUAAUGUUAUCUGGGUAUGUUGAGAUUAAUAGUUUUGUGGAAGCUUGGAAUGUAUUUGGGAGGAUUCACCGUACUGGUUCGAUGCCCGAUCAGCCCAUGUAUGUUGUUGCUUUAUCAGCUGUAAUUGGUUUGGAGGCUUUGGAUUUAGUUGAUAGCUUGCUGAGCAUUGUGAUAAAAACUGGGUAUGAGGAGGAUGUAGUUAUUGGCACUGCAAUUUUAAAUGCCUAUUCAAGAUGUGGGAGGUUGGACAUGGCAGUUGACUUCUUCAGUAGAAUGCCACAAAAGAACGAAUACUCAUGGACAACAAUGAUCACUGCAUUUUCUCAGUGUGGAAGAUUGGAUGAUGCGAUUGCAUUCUAUAAGAGGAUUCCUGAACCAACCGUUUUUUCACAAACUGCUAUGAUGACUGCAUAUACUCAGAAUGGAAGAAUCAUGGAUGCUGAAGCCUUAUUCAAAGAAAUUCAGAAUCCAAACAUAAUAACAUGGAAUGCUAUGAUCGCAGGGUAUUCCCAAAAUGGAAUGAUUGAUGAGGCAAAAGAUGUAUUUAUGCGAAUGCCAACUAGGAACUCAGCCUCUUGGGCAGCCAUGAUCUCUGGACUUGCACAAAAUGAAAGAUGUGAAGAUGCUCUUCAUAUGUUUACAGGGUUCCAUAGUUUAGGAAACUUUCCCACUGAUUCUUGUUUCACUAGCUGUAUAUAUGCCAGUGCUAGCCUUGGAGCAAUUGAAACAGGAAAACAAAUGCAUGCCCUGGCAAUCAAAAGGUGCUGUCAGCAUAAUUCCUUUGUUGCAAAUGCAUUGAUCUCUAUGUAUUCCCAGUGCAAGAAUAUAGAAGAUGUUUCUCAAGUAUUUAGUACAAUGGGAGUGAAGGACAUUACUGCCUGGAAUUCUCUGGUAACUGGGUUAUCACACAAUGACAUGCUUAAAAAAGCUCGUGACACCUUUGAAAAAAUGCCUGAACACGAUGUUGUGUCUUGGACUGCUAUAGUGUCGGCUUAUGUGCAAGCUGGUGAUGUUGAUGCAGCCCUGCAUUUGUUUGGUGACAUGUUGGCUAGACAGUUGAGACCUAAUGAGUUAACAGUUACAAGUAUUCUAAGUGCUUGUGGAAGUGCUGGUGCCAUGAAGCUUGGGGAGCAGAUUCAUGGAUUCCUCAGCAAGCUUGGGUUUGACUCAUGCCUAUUUGUUAAUAAUGCUUUGAUAACUAUGUAUUUCAAAUUCGGAAGUGAGAGUGGAUUUUCUAUUUUUGAGGACAUGGCUGAGAGAGAUCUAAUCACAUGGAAUGCGGUUUUGGCAGGCUGUGCGCACAAUGGUCUGGGUAAAGUAGCCAUAAGAUAUUUCAGGAGGAUGGAAGCUGAAGGGGUUUUGCCAGAUCAGAUUAGUUUUCUGGGUAUAUUAUGUGCAUGUAGCCGUGCAGGGCUAUUAGCAGAAGGAAGGGCCUAUUUGAAUUCCAUGUGCAAAGAUUAUGGGAUCAAGCCAUUGGUGUACCAUUAUACUUGUGUGGUUGAUCUUCUCGGUCGGGCUGGUCUACUUUCUGAAGCUGAGGCAUUAGUUGAAAGUAUGCCUAUUGAACCUGAUUCUGUAAUUUUGGAGGCCCUUCUUGGUGCAUGUAGGAUCCAUUGCAACAUUGAACUUGCUGAGAGAGUUGCCAAAAGGCUCUUCCAUAUGGAUACAAUUAAAUCAGGGACAUAUGUGCUGUUGUCUAAUUUGUAUGCCUCUCACAGUAGAUGGGAUAAAGUGGAAGAAAUAAGAGAGCUGAUGAAAACUCGGGGAAUGUCUAAAGAACCAGCAACCAGCUGGAUUCACAUCAAGAAUAAGCUUUAUACUUUCCAUACAGCUGAUAAGGGGCAUGAUUCAGUGGAACAGAUUCACACACUCUUAGAGGAAUAUUAUGGACGUUUGAAGCUGACAGGGUAUGUGCCCAAAACAGAAUUCGUUCUUCAUGAUGUGGAGGAGGAGCAAAAACAUAAUCAGCUCCUUUACCACAGUGAGAAACUUGCUCUGGCCUUUGGGAUUCUGAACACACCUGAGAGAUCAUCUAUAUUGAUUUUGAAGAACCUUCGUAUUUGUGGUGACUGUCACACUUUUAUGAAGUUCAUGUCCAAAGUCACUCAAAGAAAGAUCGUUAUUCGAGAUAGAAAGAGAUUCCAUCAUUUUGAAGAUGGUGCAUGUACUUGUGGUGAUUACUGGUGAGACAUUUAUAACAAUUUGAUAGCAUCAAACUAUCUAUGCUCACUAGUUCGUAGAGGCUGAUGUGUCAGAAUAACAUCAGUUAUGAAGGUUCUUUUAAUAGCCUAACUGGAGGAGGUGACAGAGAAAUUCUCUGGGAAUUUUCUCACCAUGCCUUUGUGAAGCACAUAAACAUUUUUUGUGAGGCUAAUAAAUGGUUGUAUAUUUUCUUAUAUCCAGGUCUCUGAUAAAAACUAUUUUUCCUGAGUUGGCUGUUGGUUUUGAAUAUCCCCGUGCCAAUCCUCACUCACAUUGAUGAUGCUGUAGAGUUCCUGAAGAAUGCACCCAAAGGGAAUUGUGAUGCCAUACAUAUCUACAUUAUCAGUCCUGCAGGCAAGGCCAAAGAACUUGCUGAGAGACCUUUAAUUGAGAGUUGGCAAUGGCAAGAGCAGAGUGUGCACUGGCUUCAUACCCAUGUAAAUGAGGAUCUGAUAUCUGUAUGCCUUUCAUGUGUUCGACUCAUUAUGGACCGACUAGCUACCAUGCCUACCAAUUCAAGCCUUCAAGUGGAAUUUAAAUUGUUAAACCAGGUAGACCUCAAGAUGAUUUUUGAAUUUGAAUCCAAUCAACCCUUUCUAGAAGGUACAGAAGGCACGGCUCGGCAUCAAAGACAUACGGAGUACUUGAUUUUGUAGCUCUGUCAUAUGAUGAAUGAAUAAAUUUUGUAAAAACUGUUGCACUAUUGGAUUAUUUACAUAGUAUGAGAUUUUUUUUAUCAAGGAAACUU